UAAUGGAUUUUAUUUAAUAGGAUGCAAAAAAUUACAGUGGAAGACCAUUUCACCUGGUUUAUUCUUCUUGGUUUUCGGGGAAACUAUGUAAAUUAUGUCUUACAUUUGUUGUGGAAUAGAGAUUUUAAUGUUUGAUUCCAUUUUAAUUUGAUUUCAUUUUUUAUUUACAGGUGAUGCAAAAGGGUUGUGUUUACAUUUUCAAGAUGGACGGAACGCCGACUUUGAGAAGAGAAGCUGAACAGUCUCUGGUGUUCACAACAUGGAGUGUCUCCUACUCAAGAGGCUGGAGCAUGGCGACUUAGGCCCUGGGACGAUCUGCUUCUAAGGAGAUGCAGAGGCUUUUAUGAGUUGUGUCUACAAGUUCUCAAUAAGAGCUGGCAAUGAAUCCUGUAUGCAGAAAUGGCCACAUGAAAGAAGAUUGAAGAUCGGGUGUUUGUGCUUUUGCCCAGACUCAGUUAUCUGGAUCAAACUGUACACAAUGAUGCAGCCAGAAUAAUCACCAUCAAUCAUGGAUAAGAAUCAAGAAACAUGUUCCAAAAUGGAUAAUAGUUUUGUGUUAGAUAAAAUAAAUUUUAAAGUAGAACCCGAAGAUAACACAACUAACCACAGCAUGGAAAGAAUGGAUUUUAAGAGUGAGCAAGAGGAUGUGAGACAGACAGACAGCAGUGAUGAACAAGCAGAAUUCAAAGGCAAAAACUGUAGUGGUCGUCACCCUGGGAAAUGCUCAUCUGCUGACCACGAGGAGGAUUACGGCACUUUGUUUUCCCAAUAUGGCAGCACACUGUAUGAUGUGGCGAUGGAAGCUGUGGCUCAGAGCCUCCUCUCCAGCAGAAAUAUAAGCUCCAGGAAAAAAUCUCCAGCUUGGAAUCACUUCUUUAUUUCUCCUCGGGAUAGCACUAAAGCAAUAUGCAUGUACUGUAUGAAGGAGUUCAGUCGGGGCAAGAAUGAAAAGGACCUAAGUACGAGCUGUCUGAUGAGACACGUGAGGAGGGCCCACCCUACUGUGCUCAUUCAGGAAAAUGGAAGCAUGCCCAGCAUAUCCUCCUUUCCCUCUCCAUCUCUGCUCCUCCCUCCACAGCCUGCCGAUGUCAGCGACCUGAGCACCGUGUUGUCCCCCAUAAAGCUGGUCAAGAAGAUGGCUUCCAAGAUACCCUCCCCGGACCGUGGGAUCGAGGAGUCCGGCUCUGUCGUUUCUUCUGAAGAAAUGUCAUCCGACUUGUCCAUUUCUGAGAAAUACAACAAAGAAGAAGCACUGGGGGUCUCCUCUCCCCACCUGCCCAGCGCCCAGUAUGAUGAAGCUGUGGAGAAUGUAGCAGAAAAGACUGUUCCUGUCCCAAAGAGCACAUCAGGUUCCAGGAGGAGGUCUGCUGUCUGGAAACAUUUUUAUUUGUCUCCUUUAGAUAAUUCUAAAGCCGUUUGCAUACACUGCAUGAAUGAAUUUAGUCGAGGGAAAAAUGGGAAAGAUCUUGGGACAAGUUGUUUAAUCAGGCACAUGUGGAGAGCCCAUCGUUCAAUUGUUUUACAGGAGAACGGAGGUGGGACAAGCAUCCCGCCUCUCUAUUCCGCUCCUCCUACUCUGUUGCCUUCUUUACUGCCCUCGGAGGGAGAUUUGAAUUCAGUGUCCUCAUCUCCAGGAAAGCUAGUUAAAGAGUCCCCUUCAGCCUCCUCUUCUCCCGAUAGACUCACAGAAGAAAUCCACGCUCAUCUCAACCCUGGAGAUGCUUUAAUGGAAGACGUGUCCGUCCUGUCGUCUUCCGAUGACAUAGGCGAAGCUUCCUUGGUAUCUUCUCCCGAGAAGCAGGGGGAGGGACUGAGUACCUUAAUCUUUGAGCCGGGCACUGUUUUUCAACAAAAUAAAAAGAUAAUGAAAAGACUGAAGUCGGAAGUUUGGCAUCAUUUUUCACUGUCUCCCACGGACAAUCUAAAAGCAGUCUGCAGAUACUGUAGUUGCAUGAUCAGUCGUGGGAAAAAGGGGGAUGUCGGCACCAGUUGUUUGAUGAGACAUCUGUACAGGCGUCACCCGGAAGUGAUCGGGAACCAGAAGAGCUUUAUCGAUGCUAGUUUGGCAAAUUCUCCUUAUGCCACUUUGGCUUCUGCCGAAUGUUCCUCCUCUAAAUUGACUGACUUGCCAACGAUGGUUUCGAAUGAUAAUCAAGUGAUAUUUCCUGUUAGUAGCAAAAAGACCUCAAAACUGUGGAAUCAUUUUUCAAUUUGUUCAGCAGACUCAACAAAAGUAGUCUGUUUGCACUGUGGACGUACAAUAAGCAGGGGGAAGAAGCCAACCAAUUUGGGUACCAGUUGCCUUCUCAGACAUUUACAACGGUUCCAUAGCAACGUGCUGAAAAAUGAUGCCUCGGAGACGGUGUUGCCCUCAACUGCAGAGAUGCGUGUGCCCCUGAGCACAGAGUUACUAGGAUCGUCAUCCUUCGAUGAAACCAAUGAAAAGUUUUGUGACUCUCACCCAGUUGCCAAAAAAAUCACAAGUCUUGUAGCAGAAAUGAUUGCACUUGACCUUCAGCCAUAUUCUUUUGUAGACAAUAUUGGCUUUAACAGGCUGCUUGAAUACUUGCAACCUCAAUAUUCUUUACCUUCACCAUCUUACUUUUCUAGGACAGCCAUCCCAGAUAUGUACGAUAAUGUGAAACAGAUCAUCGUUUCCCAUCUUAAGGAAGCGGAGAGCGGCGUGAUCCACUUCACGUCUGGGAUCUGGAUGAGUAGCCAGACUCGAGAGUAUCUCACCCUCACCGCACACUGGGUCACGUUUGAGUCGUCCGUCCGGCCCCACUGUGAGGACUACCACUGCUCCGCACUGCUCAAUGUGUCCCAGGUGGAUUGUGACUACAGCGGAGUGAGCGUUCAGAAGCAGCUGGAGUACUGGUGGGAAGCCUGGGUCACUUCCGUGGGCCUUCAGAUUGGGAUUACCGUGACUGAUAAUCAGAGCAUUGGGAAGACGUUAAAUGAAGGGGAACACUCCAGCGUGCCGUGUUUUGGUCACACCAUUAAUCUGAUUGUCAACGAGGCUAUUAAAAGUCAGAGGAUGGUUCAGAACUUACUUAGCAUCGCUAGGAAAAUCUGCGAGCGGGUCCAUCGGUCGGCCAAGGCAAAGGAGAAACUCGCCGAAUUGCAGAAGGAGUACGAGUUGCCUCAGCACCAUCUCAUUCAAGAUGUUCCAUCCAAAUGGAGCACGUCCUUUCACAUGCUCGAGCGCCUCAUCGAGCAGAAGAGGGCAAUCGAUGAAAUGUCCAUCGAAUGUAGCUUCAGAGAGCAGAUUAGUUGUGAUCAGUGGGAAGUCAUGCAGUCUGUGUGCCAUGCACUGAAGCCCUUUGAGGCAGCCAGUCGAGAGAUGAGCACCCACGUGUCCACGCUGAGCCAAGUCAUUCCAAUGAUCCACAUUCUCAAUAGGAAAAUAGAAAUGUUAUUUGAGGAAACGAUGGGCAUUGACACCAUGUUGAAGUCUCUGAAAGAAGCGAUGGUAAGUAGAUUGUCCUCUACCCUUCACGAUCCAAGGUACAUUUUUGCUACACUUUUGGACCCUCGUUAUAAAGCUUCCUUAUUUACAGAAGAGGAGGCUGAACAAUACAAGCAAGAUUUAAUCAGGGAACUAGAAAUAAUGAGUUCUACCUCAGAUGAUAAACCUGUUUCCAAUGGGUGUGAUAUAGGUUCACCAUCUACAAACUCUGUUGCAGAGGACAGCCUCUGGUCACUUAUGGCCAAGCUUAAAAAAAAAGAUCUGAAAGACAAGACAAAGCUGCCAGAAGAAAUGGUGCUCGCCUACUUGGAGGAGGAGGUGCUCGAACACAACUGUGACCCCCUAACUUACUGGAAUUUAAAGAGAUCGGCCUGGCCGGUCCUGGCCAAGCUGGCCGUCAGGUUCUUGGGCUGUCCCCCAAGCAUCGUUCCUUCAGAAAGACUGUUUAGCAGUACAUCCAGUGAAAACAGCAGCUUUGGCCAGUCCAGGCUAAUGAUGGAACACUUUGAAAAACUGAUCUUUUUGAAAGUCAAUCUUCCCUUAAUAUACUUUCAGUAUUGAAACGAAUGAACAAGCUGCCAGAUUCACACGAUUGUCGCCUACUGGAUAUUCGCUGUCUUUGUAACUGGGAUUGUUGAGUUGCUCCACUUAGGGGCCAUGUAUGACAUCUAAUCAGUGACCCUGAUUCCGAGUGCAGAAGACGGCAAGAAACCUACAGCAGCAGUUCCAUUAACUGGUUGUGAAGCCUUGAAUAGCAGUUUUGUGUCUGAGCUCUGAGACUCGCGGUGUGUCAAAUCGAGCUUUGGUCCCCAGGUCACUGGAGCACGUGCGUCUGAAUCUGUGGUAGAAAACGGAGGACUGUCUGACAUUCACAAGAAUAGCCUUAUAGACGUGGGCCCGGGGAGGUCCGGCGGGCGGGCGGGCGGGCGGGGGGAUACUUUAGAAUCCGAAGACAUCGCAAGAAAGGAAAAGUAGUCAGGUUUUCUUUGGACAGGAUGUUCUCAAUAUUAUUUUUGUUUUAACAUCUAGAAAAGGGGUCAAUUUCUCAUUUCAGUUUUUAGAUGAAAUAUUUGGGGGGUAAUAAGUCACUCAUUUGCCUAUGAACUUUUAGAAAAGUUGUAGUUUUGUUAAAAUACUGUACCUUUGCCUAAUCUAAUUUUUGCAUUUACUAUGUUUUAGUGUAUUUAUAAAUGGUGAACUCAGUUUCUGAAAUUAAACAUUUUAUUUGCAGUUU